AGCCCUGGCUGAGGGUGUUUAUUCUUCUAGCAGGUUAAAAAUACUUCCAGUAAAGAAAAAGAGGAAGUGAGACAGUAACAACAAAGACAUAAAGCAUCCUCUUAGUUUGACAUUUAGUCAGUGUCUUCAUCAGCACUGCUGGAGUUCGAUCGAACAAGAUAAACGUUAAAUCAAGUCUCUAAGAAAGUAAGGAUGGCAGUCUGGGACAAAAAGAUUCUCUGGGGCUUCAUGUUAAUGCUGGCAGGUGCUGGAGGUUAUAUUGUGAAUUAUCCACAUCCUGUUUGUGCUGUUAAAGGAUCCACUGUCACCCUCCUCUGCUCCUUUACACCCAGAAAGACUUUCACUGAAAAGGAUGGAAGAGAAGUUCCUUUAGGGAUCGUCAGAGUCGUCUGGUGCCAGAACAAUGUGUUUUGUCACGGAACCCCCCCGUCUGUGUACAACAGUGGGUCUACGCUCAACGACCCUCAUUACAAAUAUCUGGGAGACAAGAAGGGAAACUGCACUUUACAGAUCAAAAAUGUACAGACGAGAGACGAGGCAACAUUUCGCUUCAGAAUGGAAACAAAUGACACCAGAGGACAUUUUACUAGCGUAUCAGGAGUAGAUGUCACAGUCACUGAUUGUGUUCAGAUGAGGAUAAUCAGCUCCAGUGCAGACGGAGAGAUGAGAAGAGGAGAAUCAGUCACUCUGUACUGCACUGCAGUCUGCACUAUCCACCAACUGGAGGUCACCUGGUUCAAAGACAACCACGCCCUCUCAGAGUCUGGCCCCGCCCUCCAGCUCGGCCCGCUGACUGCAAAGGAUUCUGGGAACUACAUCUGUGGUUUGAGGACCGGCACACUCUCCCUGCCGUACAGUCUGCAUGUGGAGGCUGAAGAUCCUGUUAGAAUGAAGAUAAACAGCUCCAGUGCAGACGGAGAGAUGAGAGGAGGAGAAUCAGUCACUCUGUACUGCACUGGAGUCUGCACUAUCCACCAACUGGAGGUCACCUGGUUCAAAGACAACCACGCCCUCUCAGAGUCUGGCCCCGCCCUCCAGCUCGGCCCUCUGACUGCAAAGGAUUCUGGGAACUACACCUGUGGUUUGAGUACCAACACCAGAACUGUGUCCCUGCCGUACAGUCUGCAUGUGGAGGACGAAGAUCCUGUUAGAAUGAAGAUAAACAGCUCCAGUGCAGACGGAGAGAUGAGAGGAGGAGAAUCAGUCACUCUGUACUGCACUGCAGUCUGCACUAUCCACCAACUGGAGGUCACCUGGUUCAAAGACAACCACGUCCUCUCAGAGUCUGGCCCCGCCCUCCAGCUCGGCCCGCUGACUGCAAAGGAUUCUGGGAACUACACCUGUGGGUUGAGGACUAGCAACAGAACUGUGUCCCUGCCGUACAGUCUGCAUGUGGAGGACGAAGAUCCUGUUAGAAUGAAGAUAAACAGCUCCAGUGCAGACGGAGAGAUGAGAAGAGGAGAAUCAGUCACUCUGUACUGCACUGCAGUCUGCACUAUCCACCAACUGGAGGUCACCUGGUUCAAAGACAACCACGCCCUCUCAGAGUCUGGCCCCGCCCUCCAGCUCGGCCCGCUGACUGCAAAGGAUUCUGGGAACUACACCUGUGGUUUGAGGACCGGCACCAGAACUGUGUCCCUGCCGUACAGUCUGCAUGUGGAGGACGAAGAUCCUGUUAGAAUGAAGAUAAACAGCUCCAGUGCAGACGGAGAGAUGAGAGGAGGAGAAUCAGUCACUCUGUACUGCACUGCAGUCAAUAUCCACCAACUUGAGGUCACCUGGUUCAAAGACAACCACGCCCUCUCAGAGUCUGGCCCCGCCCUCCAGCUCGGCCCGCUGACUGCAAAGGAUUCUGGGAACUACACCUGUGGGUUGAGGACUAGCAACAGAACUGUGUCCCUGCCGUACAGUCUGCAUGUGGAGGACGAAGAUCCUGUUAGAAUGAAGAUAAACAGCUCCAGUGCAGACGGAGAGAUGAGAGGAGGAGAAUCAGUCACUCUGUACUGCACUGCAGUCUGCACUAUCCACCAACUGGAGGUCACCUGGUUCAAAGACAACCACGCCCUCUCAGAGUCUGGCCCCGCCCUCCAGCUCGGCCCUCUGACUGCAAAGGACUCUGGGAACUACAUCUGUGGUUUGAGGACCGGCACCAGAACUGUGUCCCUGCCGUACAGUCUGCAUGUGGAGGCUGAAGGAUCAAAUACUGCUGCAGUUGUUGUUCGUCUGGUUGACUUCACUCUGCACACUGUGCUCAUUGUCAUAGUGGCAUCCAUCGUCAUCAAAAGGACGUGUUUGCCAGAAAGCCGCAGCAGCAGCAGAGAGCUGAAGAAGGUGAUGGUACAGCCUCCAGCCUUUAUGGAGGAUCUGUGACGUCCAGAGGAACGAGGCCAGACUGAAGUUAUCGUCUGUAACGUAUCGGCUCUGAGGCUGAUCAGUGGGGACUGUUUUAUGGAGCAGGAAUCUCUCUGUCCUGAAUGUGAUUUACAGGACAUCAAACAGUGUUCAGUGUGUGUGCAGCUAGUGUCAGAAUAUUGUAGCUUCAGUUCUUUAACACAUUUAUAAUAUUUGCUAAUCGGCUCUAUGCAGAAACAUUAACCUUCCCAAUAACCACAACGUCCCCUGCAGGCUGCGAUCUAUGAACAGGUUUCUACUUUCAGUGAUUUGCAGAGUUUACUGAUGGAAAUAGAGAUAACUACUUGUUGUUAGUGGUUAACUUACACUUCACUCUUUAGCCACUAACUGUAGCUGCUGUUAGCUGGUUAGCAUAAAGCCGUACCUGGUGGAAUUUCAAGGUAACUCUUAGUCCUGAAUCCUGAGCCAGACUGAGCUGUAAUGUCCCUGUCCCUCGUGAGCGCGCUCAGUUGUGCUCUUUCAGAUAACCACAGGAAGAAAUCUGUGACGAUCAAACGUUGGAGACUCACGUAAAGUAGAGAAAGAGGUUGUCAACAUUCAGAGCAGUCUAUAAUAUACAGAAUAUACAGAAUAUUAAAAGAAACAGCACAUUCUUUAUUCAAAGACAGAAUAAUACAAUAAUCAGAUAUUAAAUUGCAGCAAAGUGAGAUCAGCAUUAACUCAUACAGUAUUGUGUUACUCAUGUAUGAUAGAAAACAAAUUACUUUACAGGCACAGAGCAGAAGAGUUUAUAUAUAUAUAUAUAUAUAUAUAUAUAUAUAUAUAACAAUAACACCGGAAAAUAAAUGUUUCUUGGUCCAUGUCGAUAUAAAAAAAGAGAUUUCUGGAUUGUCUGACACAAUUAAGAAAAUAUUGUUCAUUUAAAGUCUUCCAGUGUAUUCAAUGAUUAAUUAUUAAAAUAUUGUGCGACUGUUCUCGGUAUUAGAAAUGUAAAUAUGUGGCCAAAGUGCCAAAAUGUUUUAAAUGAAGGAAGUAAUCUUUUGUUUUCACCUUGAAAUCACUCAGACCAGGAAGUCCAACGUCACACACGUCCUAAGCCCCGCCCCUUUUUGCUCUGUGCUCCAAUAACAGUUGAGCACUUAGAUAUGCUAUAUGCUAGGCUAAUCUAUGGGGGGGGGGGUGACAGCCACACACUGUAAAACUAACUUAAAGAAACAUUCUCGAUCAACUUCAGUAAUUUUAAGAGACUCGGACUUCAUCUGAAUAAUAAUAAUAAUAUCCAUUACUUAAAAUGUUUGAAUCCAUUUUAACAAUUUCUUUGGUUAAAAUAACUAAUUAUAGUUUAUUUUGAAGAUAUUUAUCUUACGUCGGCUAAUGAACAAACACUAAUCUGCCUCCAUUGUUAUCUAUAUUAGAUCUGAACGUUAAUAAACAGUAGCUGAUUAAUUACUGAGGAGCUCGACUGUCAUUGGAGCACGGAGCAAAAAGGGGCGGGGCUUAUGAUUCUGACUUCCUUCACAUUGUUUUAGUUCCUUCUUAUUUUAUUUUAUUUUAUUUUAUUUUUAUUUCCGUCACAUCCAGUUUUCAUAUGUGCAAAUUACUUUUCACAAUUUCGUCUCCGGACAUUUUAGAAUUUGGACGCAACGAAGAAACAGCAGAAAUAAAAAAGGCGUUAAAAAAAGGACAAAAUACUUUAGUCAGUUUGGGAAAAAAAUGACACACGAAGAAGAAAAGUUGUUUUUAAACUUGCAGUCCGCUUCAUCUUCUGGGCAUAAAAAUCCAAAUAUGAGCAAAAACUCCAUAUUUUAAAAAUGUGACUGGAAGAUAAACAAACUCAAUAAAUUUCAUCCAAAAAGAAUUAAAGGAAUAUUUCAACCAAACACGAUAAUCUUGUUUUGAUCCAUUGACUGGAUUCAUGGAUGGAUUACUGAACGGGGUCUACCGGGCACAGGUCCAAGGGUCCUAACGGGGUCUACCGGGCACAGGUCCAAGGGUCCUAACGGGGUCUACCGGGCACAGGUCCAAGGGUCCUAACGGUGUCUACCGGGGGCAGGUCCAAGGGUCCUAACGGGGUCUACCGGGGGCAGGUCCAAGGGUCCUAACGGGGGUCUAUCGGGGGCAGGUCCAAGGGUCCUAACGGUGUCUACCGGGGGCGGGUCCAGGGUCCUAACAGGGUCUACCGGGGGCGGGUCCAGGGUCCUAGCGGGGUCUACCGGGGGCAGGUCCAGGGUCCUAGCGGGGUCUACCGGGGGCGGGUCCAGGGUCUUAACGGGGUCUACCGGGCGCUGGUCCAGGGUCCUAGCGGGGUCUACCGGGGGCGGGUCCAGGGUCCUAGCGGGGUCUACCGGGCGCAGGUCCAGGGUCCUAACGGGGUCUACCGGGGGCAGGUCCAGGGUCCUAACGGGGUCUACCGGGGGCAGGUCCAGGGUCCUAGCGGGGUCUACCGGGGGCAGGUCCAGGG